AUAGGUGGGAUUGGAUUUGGCAGGCGCGCGCCUUGCUGGCGGUAGAUGCCGGUGAUGCGAAGGAGUAGGACAAGAAGAAGGGGCGGGGGAUGGAGUUUGGUUGGUGUCCGAACGGCGGAGAGGCUGCAGAAGGGAAACUCGGAGUAGGGUAGACUAUACAGGGAGUACAUGGAGUAGAGCAAGACGGGAGAGAGUAGCGAAGAGACGAGAGAGAAGAGAGGCCGUAAGUGACAGAACGGUGGUGGUAUAGGUGAACUGCUGGACAACCGAACCACCCGAACUGUACUCGGCGGUAUUUAAGGGAGAGCCGCGAGCGUAGCGCGCCAGUUGUUAGUACGGCCCGUUGAUGCCCGUUAGCUUUCGCGAACUGACACUCGCUGGAUUGUCAUGUCGCGUGACGCCGAGUGCAAUUAAAACGCCGAAAGUAUUGCAAGAAAAAAAAAUAUAUAUAUAUGUAAAUACUUAAUAAACAGUUUCAAUAAUCUCGAUAAAUAAUCUCAAUAAAUCUUAAUAAAGAGAUCGCUUAGUGACGCUUAAGGGGAACCAAAUAACCACAUGACCGUUCAUCGUUUACCUUCGUCGAUUUAUCUUCCAAACUGUCGCGAUAUAAUUAAAUAUCUUUUUUCGUGGUAAUAAACACGAUUGUAAAUACACAAGUGUGAAGUUAAGUUAAGUGAAUAUACGAGGGACUACGAAAUUUUUCUUUAAAUAACCGGUGACGGUGCGCGUUAUGUGAAACUACAUAUGGCAUUAUUUGAACUCUUCAUACUUGAAGAUCGAAAGAAUUUAACAUUUUUUAAUCUCGGAUAGUACAGAUGAAUGUGUCAAAAAGGUACUCGAUGCUACUGCUGGCAUUGGGGUUGAUUUUCACGCAAUCGUCUGUCGGGGCUUUCCCACGUGAAGGUACAUAUUUUGCACGAUCGAAUGUUUCGUCCGAAUUCACCGGGACGUCUUCCAGUCACAGUAUCUCGGUCAUCAGGAUCUUGUCCGAUGGACGAUUGGAACGGCUCAUCCGGUGGCCCGGAGCUUGCGUCAAGGAGAUUAUUGUCAAUUGGGGAAACACAAAUGUGACACUGCGACAAGUCUGGCUUCGAAAGUCAAACAGAAAGCUGCAAUUGAUAUAUGCCGGUGAAACAUUGACUGACUGCAUUGACGAGAAGCUCGCGCGGUGGGACGACAGCGAGUGUUUACCCAGCUCUCCCGCUGUCUAUCGCUAUCACGAUGACGGUGACGAGGUGUCGUCGAUCGAGGUGUUCCAACUGGACGGUAAGGACAUUUCGAGGAUACCCCGUGACCUCUCUUGGCUAUUGUCGACAUCGGAGCUUCGUCACCGGUGCGACCGUAUGAGGAUGCGAGUACGAAGCCAAGCCAUGGCCCAAUAUCGACAUAGAAAAUAUGCAAAAUCGACGAACGCGACGGCGACAAGUAAUGGAAAGCAAAGUCGGAGUCGGAAUCGGAUUCGAAGGGAAUUAUUCAUGAUACCAGGAACGCAAUGGUGCGGUCGCGGUGACCGUGCUACCAAGUACACCAAUUUGGGCGGCUUCGGCAUGGCCGAUGCCUGUUGUCGCAAACACGAUACAUCUUGUCCUUUUUACAUACCGGCGUUCGAAGCGCGUUAUGGCGUUUUCAAUUGGAGAAUUUCGAGCAUGAUGCAUUGCGCUUGCGACGAGCGAUUUCGUACAUGUUUGAAAAUGGCCGGCACUGCAUCAGCAGAUUUUAUUGGUAAAAUCUUCUUCGACAUACUUCAAUCAAAGUGCUUUAUUUUGAAACCGCAGAAAGUGUGCGUGAAACGAUCCUGGUGGGGUAAAUGUCAGCAUCAUGAAUACCGAAAGCAAGCCUACGUACGAGAUAAUGUUCCUUAUUAAAGGUGUACAGCGCGUCGUCAUAAAGAAAUAAAUCAAGUAUUCUUCUUCCGGGGAUGUCAAUAGCAAUUCUCAGGGAUGUAAUAUUUUGUCGAAUACUUAUAAUAUGUCAAGAGAAACAGAGAAAGAAACUCGAUUAAUAAAUCGAGAAAUUAUAUCACCAAAGAUUGACAAUACAUCAUAAUUCGUCUUCGAUAUACGGAGAAUCGUUAUAUUAAAUCUGCCGAUAGCUAUACGUUAGACAUCUCGAAUUAUUAUAUCAGAAACGAAAGGAUCGUAUGCUAAAGUACGAUUUUAUCAACUUAUAAUUAAUUCUCAAAUGCGUCUUUUUCAACAAAAUCGAAUAAGUGAGCUAUCUCUGUUCUUCCAAUAAGUACAAAAUAUUUUAAAAUAUACCUCACUUAAAAUGAAAACUGUAUAUUGGCUCGUGUUUUAAAAUAAAAUAGGAAUUAUAGAAAAAAUAAAGGUUAAUAAACAAGCAAACAAAGAUGUAAUAUAAUUAUAUAAGUUUAUUCAAUAAAAUUAAAGCGGAAUCUUUCGACUUUACUAAGUCUUCUUCAGCCGCAAAUACAAAUUAAUUUUUAAAUUAUAUAAUUAAUUACAUUAAUCCAAGUCGAAGUACACGCUGCAACAUUUCCUUUCCGGUGUGAAUCAUUCCAAGAUUUAAAACUAACAAUAAGAUUGUUGUUUGAAGUCAUCGUUUUUCAUUUCUUCUUUUGACAAUCUUUGAUAGUUAGAUUCGAUUAUUGAUGGGUCGAUUUAGAGUUAGAGUCAAAAAGACGAACGAAUAGAACCUCGUGGUUGUCGAUCCAUCAAUAAUCGAAUCUAACUACCAAAGAUUGUGAAAAAGAAGAGAUGAAUAACGCUAUAAGUUUCAGACAACGAUCUUUAUAGUUUUAAAUAUUGGACACUAUGAAAAGCAAACGUUGCGUGUUCUCCGACUAGGAGUAAUGUAAUUAAUUAUAAUUUGAAAAUUUGUAUUUGCGGUUGAAGAAAACUUUUAGUAAAGUCGAACGUUCCGCUUUAAUUUUAUCAAAUCAAAUUAUAUAAUUAUAUUAUAUCUUUGUUUACUUGUUUAUUGGCCUCUUCCUCUAAUUUCUAUUUUAUACCUUACUUAAUAUUGUAUUGUAAAAUAUUUCAUAAGAAUAAGAAUUUUUCGUAUUUGCGCACAUUUUAUAAAUGUUUAUUUAAAUAAAUAUUUAAAUUAAUUUAUUUUCUUUCUACGCUUAAAAACUUGAUUGCAGAAGUCGAGUGUAGAUAUCGGCGGUCCUUAUAUAGAGUUAUAUAUAUAUAUUAAACUUGUAGAUAGAAUUCGUUAACUUUUGAAUAUUACUAGCAAACUAUUAAUGAUCAAAUUAAUAGAAUCGUGAAGCUAAGCUUUUGUUUAUUAAUACAUUUGUGAAACUUUUAUAUAACAUUCCAAAAAUGUAAAAAUAUACAAAUAAGAAGAGAUA